AUGAUCAAGAUAUACAUACUGGUGUUUUUUCUAGCUGCCUCAUUUAUUUCACCUUUGAUUUCAGAGAAAGUAAAUAUCUCUCAUACGGAACCAUCCAACUCUUCAUCGUCUUCGGGAGAAACUCUGACACUCAAGCUUAUUGUUCCAGAAUAUGUUAACAUCAAUAUAACCGAUUUCAGCGAAAAAAUUAGGCUACUUUUGAAUAAGAAUCUUACUAACGGAACGGAUGAAAAUGGAGUGAGGGAGCAGACAAUGGAAACCGAAAUGAAUAAUGAAUAA